CAGCCGAUCUCUCUCAAGUGUCACAAUAUUACACAACACAAAACAAACAAAACAAAAAAUGGAUGGCACUAAGGAACAGCAAGUAGAUGGGGAAGUUAAUAACAGUGAGAACACGUCGAAAGAGAAAAAGAUGAGCUGGAGAGCGACGAUGAGUUUGGCGUUUCAGAGUCUAGGAGUGGUGUAUGGAGACAUUGGGACGUCGCCGUUGUAUGUGUACGCAAGUACUUUCACUCAAGGCAUCAAUGAAAAAGAUGAUGUUAUUGGCGUUCUCUCGCUCAUUAUCUACACUAUUACUCUUGUUGCACUCCUCAAAUAUGUUUUCAUUGUUCUUCAGGCUAACGACAACGGUGAAGGAGGAACAUUUGCAUUAUACUCACUCACAUGUCGGUAUGCAAAUAUGGGACUAAUUCCAAACCAAGAACCAGAAGACAGCGAGCUCUCAAACUAUACACUUGAACUUCCAACCACACAGCUCAGAAGAGCCCAUAUGAUCAAAGAGAAGCUCGAGAACUCUAAAUUCUCUAAGAUCAUACUCUUCAUCGUCACUAUUAUGGGCACUUCAAUGGUCAUUGGUGAUGGAAUCCUUACCCCUUCUAUCUCAGUACUUUCGGCAGUGAGUGGAAUCAAAUCGCUCGGGCAAGACACGGUGGUUGGUGUUUCGGUUGCAAUCUUGAUUAUUCUAUUCGCAUUUCAGCGGUUUGGAACCGAUAAAGUCGGAUUCUCAUUCGCUCCGAUCAUCCUUGUAUGGUUCACAUUUCUUACCGGAAUCGGCCUCUUCAAUCUGUUCAAACAUGACAUUACCGUCUUAAAGGCACUUAAUCCACUCUAUAUUAUUUACUACUUUAGAAGAACUGGUAGAAAGGGAUGGAUUUCUCUAGGAGGUGUUUUCCUCUGCAUUACUGGUGAGAGUCCAUAAAUAUAUGUAUACUUUAUAUCUUCCAUUAAAUUGCUCAUAAAAUAUGAAAUUUAAU